UAACGCGGCAAGCACGGCGCUUGAAGGCCACGAAAACGUGGACCUCCCGUGGGUCGUCAUUGUCCCAAUAUAUCCGCCAUUUCCGACUCUCUGCCCGCAGCUUCUCUCUUCUCCUCGCCGGAUUAUCUUCGAGAUGGCCGCCCGGCCGGUUGUCCAGCCCACAAGCCACCUGCCCGUCCGCAAUUACCUUUCGCCUGCUGCGGCUGCGAGCUUGACGUCAGGUAGGAGUCCAACGACUGAGCAGAGGAUGAGUAAGGCGGGCAGCAACUCAUUCUGUCGGCUCACCACCUCUCGUGCCUCGAUGGAGAACAUCGACGCAGUCGGAUCAUAUGGACAUGGACGAGCCAUCAUGCCACCGGGAUCGACGUUGAAAUUGCCGCGUGAUGUUAAUGUGCAGAGGUUCGAGAAGUUGCUCCUUCAGGCACCAGAGAAAUUACUCGAUGCACUCAAUGAAAGGUUUUCCCUGCAGAAGCUUUGUUGUCUCAUUGGAUCUGCAGGAUUCCUCGUCCUUAUGGAACAACCGGCACUCGCAGUGACUGGUGCUGCAGAAGAAGACUUAUUCUGGACGCUUAUUUCAGCAGGCAUCAUCGCAUUCUGGUACUUUUUGGUCAUGCCGCCUAUAAUCUUUAAUUGGCUUCGGUUGCGGUGGUACAAGAGGAAGCUCUUGGAGAUGUAUGUACAGUUCUUGUGUGUGUUCAUGUUCUUUCCAGGCUUGAUGCUUUGGGCACCAUUCCUCAACUUCAGACAAAUGCCACGGGAUCCAUCGAUGAAGUAUCCUUGGUCCACACCACUUAAGGACACAAGCUCUUAAUUUUCUCUGUUUCUUGCUACAAUUUGCAUGUAUAUUAUGUUAAAUACCUCUUUCUUGAGGCAACAAGGAUUGAGAUUUUGAUUGCAUGUAAAAUUUCAAGCAAAGUCUACAAUAGUUUGAUUGUUUCCUCCA